UUUCUUAAAUUAUAUUUUAAUUUCAUUUAAUUAAUAUUUGGCUAUAAAAUGUUGUAAAUCAUCCUCUUGCACUUCUUUUCCGCUUUUCCAAGCCUUACCCUUUUCCUUUUUUCUCUCACCGUUUCUCAUUUUUGCUUCUCUCUUGCCUUUGCCGGAAAACUGCUUCUGUCCACCGGGAAACUGCUAUUUAUCCGACGAACGGAGUCUAAUUUGCCGGAAAGCAUCUUUCAACUUUCGGUAAUUUCGCGUAUAGUUUGGGCGUUUCUUUUCGUGAUUCGGAUUUGGAUCUCCGAAUUUGACCAGGUCCGGUUGUAUACGCGGCUCGUUGUGCGAAUGUGGCGAGUUUGGUUGACGUUUGAUACUUUGUUUUGAUAGCAAAUGGCGAAGAUCGUGACCUAACGUUUGGUGUUUGCGGAUUUUGCGGCUUCUUCUUGUUUUCAUUUUCCAUUGGAUUGUUUGUUUUGGUGAAUCUCGGCAAAACGGUGGCGCGCGAACAACCAUUGCGGCAUGAGAUGGUGGAAGGAAGGGUUCGUUUGUCAAAGAAGGUAAAAAACGGGUUAGAAUUUUUGAAGCAUAAAAGGCUUCAACGAAUAAAAUCAGAAUCUUCCUCUGGGACGUCUUAUCUCAUAAAUAUGAUGGCUAGAAGUGGAGGAGAUGCUCUGAGAAUUUCAGCAUCAUGUGGAAUAAGGUUACAAGGGAAUGCAGGAUCAUUUUCCAGGUCAAAUGACGCUUCAUGUGAGAAUGAUGUCUUUUCUAAGCACAAGGUUGAUAAGUUUGACACGAGUGAUCUAGAAUGGACUGAGAAAAUUCCAGAAUGUCCUGUGUACUGCCCUACAAAGGAAGAGUUUGAAGAUCCUUUGGUCUAUUUGCAGAAGAUAGCUCCUGAAGCUUCGAGAUAUGGUAUUUGCAAGAUUGUUUCCCCUCUAGUUGCUACUGUUCCCGCUGGAGCUGUAUUGAUGAAGGAGAAAGUAGGAUUCAAGUUCUCAACUAGAGUACAGCCUUUUCGUCUUGCUGAGUGGGAUACUGAUGACAAAGUCACAUUUUUCAUGAGUGGAAUAAAUUAUACAUUUCGUGAUUUCGAGAAAAUGGCGAACAAGGUGUUUGGUCGUAGAUAUUAUAGUGCUGGUUGUCUUUCUGCAACUUACUUGGAAAAAGAAUUUUGGCAUGAAAUUGCUUAUGGGAAGACAGAAAGUGUUGAAUAUGCUUGUGAUGUUGAGGGUAGUGCCUUUUCUUCUUCUCCCAGUGACCCACUUGGAAGUAGCAAAUGGAAUUUGGAGCGACUCUCACGGCUGCCAAAGUCCACCUUGCGUCUUCUUGAAACAGCAAUUCCGUCUUUGUUUCAGGGUGUAACUGACCCUAUGCUUUACAUAGGAAUGCUAUUUAGUAUGUUUGCUUGGCACGUGGAGGAUCAUUAUUUGUAUAGCAUUAAUUAUCAUCACUGUGGGGCUUCGAAAACUUGGUAUGGUAUACCUGGUCAUGCUGCUUCAAAAUUUGAGAAGGUUGUCAAAGAACAUGUGUACACUAAUGAUAUCCUAUCUGCGGAUGGUGAAGAUGGAGCUUUUGAUGUGCUUUUGGGUAAAACGACAUUAUUUCCUCCGAGUAUUUUGUUGAAACAUGAUGUCUCUGUCUACAAGGCUGUGCAGAAGCCGGGAGAGUUUGUAAUUACCUUUCCAAGGGCAUAUCAUGCUGGAUUUAGUCAUGGUUUCAACUGUGGUGAGGCUGUCAACUUUGCUAUUGGUGAUUGGUUUCCUUUAGGGGCUAUAGCAAGCUUGCGUUAUGCACAUCUCAACAGGGCGCCUCUCCUUCCUCACGAGGAACUUCUGUGCAAAGAAGCAAUCCUUCUCUAUACAAGUUUAGAACUGGAAGAUUUGGAUUAUUCACUGGCAGACUUGGCUGCUCAUCAUUGCAUCAAGGUUUCAUUUGUAAAACUAAUGCGUUUCCUGCACCGGGCGCUUUGGUCUGUCAUGAAAUCAAGGGCAUGCACUAGUAUAUCCCCAAACUAUUAUAGAACUAUUGUCUGCACUUUAUGCAAACGCGAUUGUUAUGUUGCUUUCAUUAACUGCAGCUGUAAUGGUCAUCCUGUUUGCCUGCGACAUGAUAUCAGGUCACUACACUUCCCAUGUGGGAGCUAUCGUUAUCUUUUCUUGAGGGAUGAUGUUGCAGAGAUGGAGGCCGCUGCCAAGAAGUUUGAGCAAGAUGAUGCCAUAUCAAAAGAAAUUGAGCAACAAAUUGAAAAUGGUGAUGACUUGUAUUUGUAUCCACUGUCAAAUAAGUUGCAGACUGAUGUAGAGGAUGGAUACUUUCCAUACUGUGAGAUUAAUGUUGUUUUGGGUCCUGAUUUUGCCGCAAUAAAUACAAUGGAUCAACCACUAGAACAUAUAUCGUCUAUGAACCAUGGAAAAUUUCAACCUGAGACUAAUUUGGAGCAAGUCGGAUCAUCACCAAAAACUCAGGUACAGAGGGUAGCUAACCAAGUAAGCGUUAAUGGUGAAAGAUUCCCUGAAGAAGUCUCAGAGAAUGCAUAUGAAUUGUCUGUUUCCUGUUUGUCACGUGAAGAUCAUCGAAGUAUCCAUCAGGAUAAUGUUCAUGACCCAGUGAGCAGGUCUAUAGUGGAUGAAAACAGUGAUAGUUCCGAUUCAGCAAUAUUUAGGGUUAAACGUCCUUUCUCGAAGGUUGAGAAAAGAUUUGGGAAUGAUACCAUAUCAUCAAAGAACUCAGAACACCAGGGGUUCAAACGAUUAAAGAAACUUCAACAUGAAGGAAGAUGUGGGCGACCAGUGGCAUAUGGAUCUGAAUGCUGUAGAAACGACGAACCAAACCGCAAUACAAAUUGUAGUUCUGAUUCUAAAGCUCUGGAGAAUGCUGUGAAGGACAGACUUGGAAGAGGCACCCUUCCCAUUCCCAUUUCUAUAAAAUAUAAGAAGAUGGGCAGUGAGGCAGGAAUGAGUAGCGGGCAGCGAGAGCACCACAGAAAUAGGUUCCAGCAGGAGUUAGGAAAGAGCAAGAGGGAUUCUCCUUCAGAGAUGGGUCCAAAGCGCCUUAAAGUAAGAGGCCCAAGCCCAAUACAUCUAGGUUCAGAAAGCAGACUGGUUUGAAGUUAUAGAUGUGCAGAAACUGAUCGCUGGUGAUUGGGUCCCGACUCUGGAGAUUGACUUGGCUAACUUCAUUCCUUGUAAAUGGGGAUUCUAACAAUAAAAUUCCAAAGAUAUAGAUGUGCGGAAACUGAUGGCUGGUGAUUGGGUCCUGACUCUGGAGCUUGACUUGGAUGGGGGUUCUAACAAUAAAAUUCCAAAUGACCGAUUCAACUAAGGGAUAGCAGCGGAAGAUUAACCAAGCUUAGAACAUUAAUAUUUUUAUUCUUUGUGCAGGCCUCCAAAACUGGGGCAAAUUGCACGUCCUAGAUGUGAUUCUUAUGGUUCUCACUCAGGCCCGGGGUGUUUUUCCUUCGAUGGCUGGAGAACCAACCUUAAUGCAGCAAAAGCUGAAAAGUAGAAUUCGGGUUUGUAAAAUUUACGUUUGUAAAUUUGUUCGCCACUCAAAUCUUAAUUCUUACGGAGGAAAUUGGGCAUUCCACAACCUCUAAUUUUUAGAAGUCUGCUGCUUCCCCUACUAGGCUCUUUAUUCGUUUUUCUGUAGCAAUGUUGUACACUGCUUAAAUAAAAUGCAGAGUAAUGCGGCCUUAAUUUUUGUUUCUCAAA